CAGGUGAAACUAAUUAGGGUGAGGCAAACAAUCAAAACUGGAGGGAAAAGAAAACAGACAGACAGGAAGUAAAACUACACAAGACAUGAAGCCGAACACAUUACAAAAUAAGUCUAUAAUUUUCCAGUGGCACACUCCAGACUCCAUACGAACUAAGGCCCUGUCAUGCUUUCCAAAACAUUUCAGCAGGCUUCCACUUUCAUCGUCAGAGAUUUUGCAUUGACUGCUGACAAAGCCUUAAUGUAAUCAAUUUAAUUUGUGUUGCAACCCAUAAAAGAAAGUAUUAUACUUUUAAAUGAACUGAGUUGUCUUAUAAUGUGUCUUCAUGCAAGCUGCUCCACACUACACUGUAGCUGUACAUUUUUCAUGGAUGUAAGCCAGUGAUUGGAAACUGAAUAGUAUCCAUGAACUAGAUACUAUUUUACUGAACAUGUCAUGUGUCAUGUCAACACUUAUCCCAAGUACAACUGGUGGAACUCAUUUGGGAAUGUGACCCUAUGGGCUCUACCUAUUUACAUAAAAUAUAGUAUCAAACAAAAUAUUAAGCACAUAUUAGGUGGCAAUACAGUGAGAUGUUGCAGUACGCUCAUGGAAGCAGGUCUACUGUAAGUCUUACAAGGUUGUUAUUGUGAAUUCAGUGAUUAUGUUGUAUACUAAUAUAACGAGGAUAAAACAUUUCUUCAUCCUCGGAUUUCCUGGACUUUCACCGGAGUAUUAUGGACCUGUGUCGGCCCUGCUUUUUGUACUUUUCUUGGCUAUAGCUGUAGGAAAUAUUUUCAUUUUAGUGUUUGUUAAAUGUGAAAGGUCUCUUCACAAACCUACAUAUCUGAUCUUUUGCCACUUGGCAUUAACUGACUUAGCAUUUGGGACUGUUACUCUACCAAAGAUUAUAUCAAAAUAUUGGUUUGAUGACAGCAUUAUAUCAUUUUAUGGAUGCUUUGUACAAAUGUAUUUUGUUCAUUUUAUUGGGGCGGCUCAUUCUUUCAUCCUGAUGGUAAUGGCUCUUGAUCGUUUUAUUGCAGUUUGUGCUCCAUUGCGUUACACAGCUCUUUUCACAAACUCCACUGUUUCUGUUCUUUGUGGAAUAUCAUGGCUUAUGCCAAUAUCAUGGAUGGUGGGUGUAGUUUUAGAUGCUCUUACAUUGCCUUUCUGUAAUUCAAAUGUAAUUGUACAGUGCUAUUGUGACCAUAUAGCAAUAACAGUGCUUGGAUGUGAGAACGUACGAGAAGUUCAAAUUGUUGCAUUUGGUCUUGCCAUGAUCAGUUUGUUGGUGCCUGUGGGUUUUAUUAUCUUCUCUUAUUUUGUCAUCAUUGUUGCUGUUAUAAGAAUGUCCAGCUCUGAGGGCCGCAUCAAGACUCUGUCUACCUGCACGCCACAGCUUCUCAUCACAUGUCUGUAUUACAUGCCAAGAUGCUUCGUGUACCUGGCAAAUAAUGUGGGAUUCACUUUCAGUGUUCCAGUUCGCAUUGUUGUUGUAAUGCUGUACAGUAUUUUACCUGCUGUUGUCAACCCAAUAAUUUACUGUUUCAAAACCAAAGAUAUCAAAGAAAAUUUGAAAAAAAAAUUCCUAAUUUGGAAAGUUAAUAUCAACACAAAACUGGAUAAAAUAUAAUAUGGCAUGUACAAUUAAUAAAAUAAUAUAGCAGAGCAUUGUGCAAUUAAUGAAAUCAAGUGAUAUGUUAUUUUCUUUGCUGUGUGUUCCAUUCCUUUGAAUUUUAGAGUCAGUUUUAAGAUUUCACUGUUAACUUCUCAGGCUCCUAAUUAGAAUUUAUAAAAUCCUCUACGAACCACAACACAGCCUGAGAUCCUCAUGCAGGGGUCUCCUGAUUGUUCCAACUACACGCCAUGUUAAUAGGGGUGACUGAGCUUUUUCUUUUUGGCUCUCUCAGGUCUUUUCCCCAGGCUAUUGUAAUAUAUUUUGUUGUCUUGUUAUCUCAUAAUGCUUUAGCAUUAUUUGUUGUUCUCUAAGUUACUCUGUUGUUUUAUUGUAAAGUACUUUGUAGCUUUGUUUAAAAAGUGCAUAAAUAAAAUUUAUUACAAUUUCUUCUCAUUUAAACAUAUUUUCUACUAGCAUCUGUCCAAAAAAAUCUUUAUUACUGAAGAAUUCUUCUGGCCAAAAAAACUGGUCAAAUGAAUGUAUCUCUCUCACACAUGCACGCACACCUGCAAAGUAAAAAAUCAGAAUCAUAAACUCCUGCACACUAUAAAAUAUAAUGUUAAAUAUACUUUAUUAGUGACCUGUCCUAUUUUGUGCAGACAUGCUCAGAUCAUGAAAAUUAGUUGUAAGGGUCUGUUUAAAUCAGAUCAGGACGCAGUAUUAUGAGUUUUCUGUGUGAGAGGAAUUCCGUUCAAGAAACGAACAGUUACGCUUAACUAUGAUUAUUUAAAAAAUCACCAAAAUUAAUAAAUAAUUAUUAUUUGACAUGCAUAGUGCCCCUAAAUGUUAUGGCAGUUUAUUUUGUCUGUGAGCCUUCCAGUGGAUCUCCAAAUAACAGGGAAGAGAUCUGUUUGCCAACCAAUAAAGGUUACAGAUUAACCCAUUA